AUGGCCAAGUACUAUGUGUGGGAUGACCCCUAUCUAUGGAAGCAUUGCCCGGAUUUAGUGAUUAGAAGGUGUGUACCCGAAACUGAAUUUCAUUCUAUAUUUACCUUUUGUCACUCUUAUGCUUGUGGAGGUAACUUGGGCCCAAGAGAUCAAAUGCCUCAAAAUCCUAUUCUUAUUGUCGAAAUUUUCGAUGUUUGGGGCAUAGAUUUCAUGGGACCUUUUCCUUCUUCAAAUGGUUAUCUUUACAUUCUAUUAGCUGUUGAUUAUGUCUCUAAGUGGGUGGAAGCAAAGGCCACCCGGACUAAUGAUUCCAAAGUUGUUUUGAGUUUUCUUAAAGAGCAUGUCUUUUCGAGAUUUGGAACACCUAGAGCUAUCAUCAACGAUGGAGGGACUCAUUUUUGCAAUCGAUCGUUUGAAGCUUUGUUGAAGAAGUACAAUAUCACACAUAGGGAUUGGAGCUCACGCUUAGAUGAUGCUUUAUGGGCAUACCGAACUGCUUACAAGACCCCCAUUGGGAUGUCUCCAUAUCGUCUUGUGUUUGGCAAACCAUGUCACCUUCCAGUGGAGCUUGAGCAUAGGGCUUAUUGGGCAAUUAAGCAAUUUAAUAUGGAUAUGGCAGCGGCUGGUGACAAAAGGAGGCUGCAACUCAAUGAGUUGGAGGAGCUACGCAAUGAUGCUUAUGAAUCUAGUAGAAUUUACAAGGACAAGGCUAAGGCCUUCCAUGAUCAGAUGAUCAAGAGGAAAACUUUUGUCGUUGGACAAAAAGUCCUUCUUUUUGAAUCUCGUCUGCGCUUAUUCCCAGGUAAACUUCGUUCUAGGUGGAUUGGACCAUUCGUUAUAACUGAUGUGUUUACUCAUGGUGUAGUAGAGAUUAAGAGCGUUCACACAGAAAAGGUGUUCAAGGUGAAUGGGCAUAGACUCAAGCCCUAUUAUGAGUCUUUCGUGGAGCAUGACUUGGAGGAGGUGCCCCUCCAAGUUCCUACCUAUGCGGAUUAA